UUUUCCAUGUGAAAACUGAAUGUGUACUUUAGCGUGUCGACCGCAGUUUCUGCGAAGCUGCAAGGAUUGUGGUUUAAUUUCCUCUUGUUCGUUCGAACUACUUUUCAUUUCAACAUUUCUUCUCCUUUGCUUUUCUUUCUAAAUUAAAGCAACCAGUGGGGGGACACGUUGGUUUUUCUCAUUAUAUAAACCCAAUUAAUAUCAAUUCUUUCUAAUUUAUUGUCUAAUUAGCCAUCCAUUUCAACAUGAUUUCUUUACUUACUUAAUUUAUUCUACAUGGCUAUAUAUGCUGUUGAGAUCUCCUAAUCCAUCAUCAUCAUCAUCACAUUUGAUGUCUAACUGUAGUUAUAGUUAUGAUGUUUUUCUAAGUUUCCGAGGUGAAGACACUCGUAAGGCCUUCACUGACCAUCUCUAUACAGCCUUGAAGCAAGCUGGAAUCCGCACAUUUCGGGAUGAUGAUGCCAUGGAGAGAGGGAGAUUGGUGAAGCCAGAACUGGAGAAAGCCAUCCGGCAGUCUCAAGUUUUACUCAUUGUUUUCUCAAAAGGCUAUGCAACCUCCAAGUGGUGUCUUGAUGAGGUUUUGAUGAUUAUGGAACAAUAUGAUGAAGAGAGGUCUUCCACUAGUACGCGUCGUCAAGUGGUCCCCGUGUUCUAUAACAUGGACCCUGCUGAUGUUCGAAAUCAAACGGGUUGCUUCGAAGAAGCGUUUAAGGUUUAUGACGAUGAGGUAACACGGGAAACAGAUCUUCAAAAGAAGAAGGAAUUGUCCGAAAAGGUGGAAGCCUGGAGGUCUUCUCUUAAAAGAGUUGGAUCCGUCGCUGGAUUGGUACUCGGGGAAAAUGGGUAUGAGGCCGAAUUCAUCAGCAACAUCGUCAACGACAUAAGACAGAAAGUGGACUACAAUGCCCUUUACAUUAGAGACAAACUGGUAGGAAUGAAAGAAGAUGUUGUCGAGAUUGAAUUAUGGUUACAAGACCCGUCACCUAGUUCCACAAUCCUUCUCAUUCAUGGGAUGGGAGGCAUAGGAAAAACGACCAUAGCUAAAUGCGUAUAUAACAAGAACUGUCGUGAGUAUGAUGGUUGUUGCUUUCUCAAAAGUAUUAACGAGAAUGGACUGCUUCGCUUGCAAAGUCAGCUUCUUUCAACAAUUUGCAAGAGCCAAAAGGAAGAGACUAUUUGGAAUGAGGAUGAGGGAACCACCAAGAUUAUGAAAGCGAUACACAACAAAAAAGUACUUCUUGUACUUGAUGAUGUUGCAACACCGUCACAGCUAGACGCAUUACUAGGGCCAGAAACGCUAUAUUCUGGAAGUAAAGUGAUCAUAACAACAAGGCAUAUGUCGUUAUUAACUGCUUUCACGGUUCCUCCUAAGGUCAAAACAAUUAAAACACUAUCUACAAAUGACUCUGUCGAGCUUUUUAGUCUAUAUGCCUUUCCUCAAAAUCAACCCAUUGAACCUUACUAUAGUCAAUCAGAACAAGUAAGGCAAGUAAUUCAUUACUGUAAGGGUCUUCCUUUGGCUCUUAAAGUGUUGGGUUCAAAUCUACGUGGAAAAAAUAAUGCUCAAUGGAAAGACGCCAUGUCCAAGUUAGAAAAAUAUCCUCUUGAUGUAAUUCAAAGAGUUCUACAGUUGAGCUAUGAUUCUCUAGAAGAUCAGCAUGAUAAAGAUUUGUUCCUACAUAUUGCUUGUUUUUUUGUGGGGAAGGAUGAAGAUUUCAUUGUCAGUGUAUUAGGUGAAUGCAAGCUAUACCCUAUUAUUGGAAUCAAGAAUCUAAUUGAUAGAAGUCUACUAUAUAUUGAAUCUGGGAAAGUAGAAAUGCAUCAACUAAUCAGGGAUAUGGGGAAAGAAGUUGUCCGCCAAGAAUCACCAAAGGAUCCUGGAAAACGAAGUAGAUUAUGGGAACAUGAAGAUUGUAUUAACGUGUUGCAAGAGAAUGUAGGUUCAAAAUACGUAGAAGGAUUCAGUCUUGAUAUGGAAAACAUCGGGGAUGAUAAGUUACUAUCAGCUAUGAAGAUGAGAAAUCCAAUGGAACAUGGUUUUGAAAAAUAUAUAGGCAUAACAAUGCCGAGGAAUGAAACAAAUUUCAACAUUAGAUCUUUUGAAAAGAUGAAGAACUUGAUGCUACUUCAACUAAACCAUGUAACAAUUGCUGGGAAAUAUAAGAAGUUGCCAAAAAAGUUACGACUAUUGAGCUGGCAUGGUUUUUCUCUUAAAUCUAUACCAGGCGACGUUCCUUUGGAGAAGUUGGUUGUUCUUGACAUGAGUUACAGCAAAUUAGAACGUGUUUGGGAUGACUUUAAGUCUAUUGAUACUUUAUAUAUCCUUAAUCUUAGCUACUCGGUUAAGCUAAUCAAAACUCCAGAUUUUGGAGGACUCCCUGGUCUAAAGAGUUUGAUCCUGAAAGGAUGUACAAGUUUAUCUGUGGUUGAUAAAUCGAUUGCAUAUCUUGAAGGACUUGUGUUGCUUGAUCUAACUAAUUGUAGAAGCCUAAGAAAUAUUCCAUGUUUACCUACAUCCCUUGUAUCACUUAAAAUGUCUGGUUGCCCAAACCUUGGAGCUGUUGGACGUUUUGAAUGCUCUGGUUCAACUUUAUUACCAUCUCUUCUGGUUGAGUUGAAUAUCUCCAACUGCCAUCUGUCUGACAACUCUUUCCCGAAUGAUUGGAGUAAUCUAGUCUCACUGCUGCUGUUGAAUAUUGAUAGAAACAAUGUAACUAACUUGCCAAAAUGUAUUCAAAGCCUACCUAGGCUUCAAUGGUUGGGAGCUAGUCAAUGUUCACAUAUCAAAUCAGUUCUACGACCCCCCAAAACCCUCACAUUCUUAGAUAUCAAAUAUAAUAAGUCCUUGGUGAAAGUACAAGUCUCACAUGGAGAACAUACAGUGUGGAGUAGUGGAUGCCAAAAUUUAAGUUGCAUAGAGGGUCGUUUCAAGUGGCAAACUAUAGACAAAGUUGAGAGGAAAAUAAUACAAAACAUGGGGUUAGGAUCAUCAAAUGCAUAUGGAGGUAUCGAUUUUAAACAAAAGGUGGUGUUUGAGUAUGGGAUAUUCAGCACAUGUGUCACACAGGAACAAAUCCCUUCCUCCUGCUUCUUCAUGUUUAAAGAAAGGGGUUCCCAAAUAUCAUUUAUAGUUCCUUCUCAUCAUCAUCGGCAUAGAAUUAUAAGUGGCUUCACCUUGUGUCUAGUAUUUUCUUCAAUACCAGACAACGGCAAUAGUAGGUUGUUUAUUGAAUUAUAUAACAAGACCAAGGAAUUGGAGUGGUUAUAUGUUACUGGAACACUUUCUAAUAAUGUAAAGGAAAGAAAGAUAGGGGGGUGGAUAAGUGUUUGGAGGUGUGACAAUCUAUUACAUGCUGGAAAUGAAAUCUUUGUUCGCAUUGUUAAUAGAUUUGAUGAAGUUAGUAGGAAAGUAGAGGAAUGCUGUGUGAACCUUAUAUAUGAAGAUGAUGAAGAUGUCGGGGACAUGAAGGAGGGUAACGAUAAUGUCGUUAUCAGUAGUGAAUAUAAUGAUGAUGAAAUAAUAAGAUGGAGUGAUAAAGCGUAUAAAGAUAUUUCUAAUUACGUUCAUCCUGACAUGGAAUAUCGCUUCGGAUUGAUUAGGGACAGGGGUUAUGAUUUAGGACUGGAUUAUGAUGAACGUUGGCAAAUCUUUGGAGAUAGAAGGAGUAAGGGGCCAAUUAAUGACGAUGAUAUGGUUAUCAAUGAUGAUAAUGAUCCUGAUGAGCGCUGGAAGUUCUAAUCGAGUACAUAUAGGCCAACGAAAUUUAAUGACGUCCAGGCCUAAUCAAUAAAAGUCCCCACAUGAGCGCCGGUCUCACUGCCCAAAUAUUAUUAUUUAUGCAUGUAAUAUAUUUUGUGAUCUGGGUUUUCUUUUAUUUCAGACUUAUUUGAAUUUUUAUUUUAUUCAAAAAUGACAUUUUUGUUGGAAGUGAUAUCAUGCAAUUCAUCUUCUCUCUUACAAGUA